AUGGGGGAUCCUGUGCCCAUACUUGGUGAGAACCGAACGUUGCAUGGAUUGGGUACGGCUUGGGAAUCAACCAAAUCUAUUCGCCGAUAUGUUCUCAAAGAGGGCCAGCUACUUCGGUGGUCCACCAAAGAGACGGUUGGAGUGGUGAACUUCCCAACGCUGAAACUGAAUCGCCAAGUGCUAGAGCAUUUGCUUUCUUUUUGGUGCCCCCAAGCCCAGGACCGCAAGACGGUUCCGAUCAAGCUUGUCAAGCCUCAGGCGGACAGGGCUGUUGUCUUUGGAACAUCAAUUCGUGAACUCCGUCGUUCGCUGGAGUUACCGGAGAAUGGUGCGCUGGUGCACUGCGAAGCCCAUGCCUUGAAAGCUAUGGUUUCAUUGCUCAUUCGUCGGCAUGACGGGUCGAAACGACGAGACGGGGAUCUGGCCAGCUUGUUUGCUGUCCUUGGUGACUUCUUCACCACUCGCCCCAACAACAGCCGCUCCAGGGAGGCACUGGGUGAUGCAGAGGAGGAAGAGGCUGUAGGAGAGGGCCUCAAGGAAAGUGAAGGGGGAGAGGUGACUCAGGGAGAGGUCGCCCAGGAAGAGGGUGAGGAAGGUGUUGGGGAGAAAGGUGGGGAAGGUGGUGAGACCGAACCGCCCACUCAUGAUGAAUAUGAUGAGCCUGUUGAUGGUGAUGCUCCCCAGGCACUCCCUUCUUGCCCCACCACACCAGUCAAGAAAACUUUGAGCUUCGAAGGGGAUGAUGACCCCAUGAAUGAGCUUUUGGCAUUUCGGAUGGGGGGUGAGUCCAUGGUGAAACCCACCCCGUCUCCUGGCCCAACCUGGGCUCCAAGCCCUGGACAUGGAUCGCCAACCUCACCAAGUGCUCUCGCGGACAGUUGGGAAUGGGUCCAGAAAGAGCUUGCCCGAGUUGAGUAUGAAAUGGAACAGCGAAAGUUGUCCUUCUUGGGGCAGAAAGCCAAAUCGAGCUGGAACCUUGAUGCUUCAGGUGCUUGUGGACCUGAAUCUGAUACCAUGCCCUAUGACCAUGAAGAAGCCGCCCACGAAGUUCAAGCUGCUGUGGCCCAAAUUGAAGAAGCAUCCCAUGUGACUACAACCCCUGAAGAUCCCAAUGUGGAAAAGGUUCCUGGCCCACUUGCAGCAUCCACCCCCGAGAUGCCGCCGCCUUCGUUCAUCCCAAAACGUGCCCGGAAGCAGCUGCCUGCAGGCCCACUUUCCGAAACAUCUGCUGGUUUGUUGGAGGAUGAGGCAUGGUUGUCGCUUUGA